GAGGCUUCCGCCCAACCAGGACCAUGUGGCCACCAGUAGCAACAGACCAUCGUCGUAAAACAUCGCCGUACACCACUACCGUCCCAGGAUACAAUUGGUCCAGAGAAAUGCAUCCUAAUGAUAUACGAUACGCUAAUUCGAGCACUUAUCAACAUGACUCCGCCGACGGACACGAUGUUAAAUUUCUAGGAGAGAGAACUUCAGAGGAAACUGUCGUUGAAGUCGAGACGUCUGGUGUUAAUAAGAAUAACUUGCACGAUAAUCCAGAUGACUCGCUGUACGUUAACGUCGUUAACGUCGCGCCACGUCAGAGUAAUAAUGCUACUCUACGUGAGAAGCAUCGACGUUUCCACGAGUGUUCAGAAGUGAACAUGCCCGAGGCAAUGGUAGCGAUGCAGAAGUUGCAAAGGCUAAAAGAACUACAAAUGAAACGUGACAUGAGCGAGAGAUACUACACGCACGAAAUAAAACGACUGAUUGGUGAAUAUUACUUCGGUUCGAGAGUUGCUACACCGUCUCUGAGGCCUCAAGGAAAAUUACAAAGUGCCAGUUUCCAACAGUGCACCGAAGAUCGAUCGAAACGUGCACCAUACAAAAGUUUGGAACCAUGUGGUACAAUGACGACUAUCACGAAACUGGAUUGUGGGUGUAUUCAAGAAACAACGAGACCAAUCUUUACGACAGCGAGAGGUCGUGUUCAGAGGAAGAACUGCAGUCAAACACAAGACGAGGAGCAGGUUUUAAAAUUGACUUCGUCGAAUCCCCCAGAACACUUGCUGACUUCGAUAGAACAGCACAAGGCUAAACAGCGAAUGAAAUCAAAGAAGCAACUCUCCUCGCACCAUCGAACGUACGCGAAAAUUCUCCCAGAUGUCGAUCAAGGCUUCGAGACGGAAAACGAGAGAAGAAUCGACGCCCAAGAAAUAGAAACUCCAGAUCGACUGUCGAGAAGUCCCCCUCCUCGUGAAAAAUUCAGCGACACCUCGGCCACCUCCGUUUGAGGAAACUUCAUUUUUCAUUUAAUAGUAUUGUAC